AUGAUAAGUUUGAAGAUACAGAAUAUGAAUCGGUUGGAAGAUGAUAAGGAGAAUUUUGAGGAGAAUGCAGGAAACUUAUUUGAGUAUAUAUAUGAGAUGAUAAAACGUAAAAACAAAUUAAGAAGAUUACAAUUAAAAAUAAAUUUAUAUUGUAUAAAAAGAUUUGUAAACAUAAUUAAUAAUACAUGUUUGUUAGUAAAAGUUAUUAAUGAAAAUUAUAUAAUUAUAAAUAAGGAUAAUAUUGAAAGUGGAAAUAAUAAGGGAAAUAUUUAUAAAGUAAUUUUUGUGUGGUUAUUGUUUUUAUAUAUAAUAUCAUUUUUUACAUUUUUUUUUCGUAAAUUUUUUAUAAUGAAUAUUUUGCCAAAUAAUUAUGAUAAUUUAUUUAGUCUAUAUAAAGUUUUUCAGGCAAUUAAAAAUGUAGAUUCUAAUAAUAUAUCCGUUCUUGAAUUUUUUGAAAAAUUUCAAAAAACCUAUUUUAUAAUAAAUAAAUUUUUUGAAGAUAUUCCUCAAUUUUUUUUAUGUUUAUUAUUUUUUAUAUUAAAUGGGAAAGAUUAUUUUUUAAUAUUCACUAUGAUAUGUCCUUUUGUUUUUUUUUCUGUUGGCCUUUUAAAUCAUGGAUUGGGGCUUGGCGGUUUGUUGAGGUCGAGUCUUUGGGUAUCCCUUAAUUUGAUAGAUGGCAUAUUCAUAAAGCACGAUGCUGUACCACCAAAUAUGUUUUUUUUAUUGUAUUCAAGCAUUGUUUUUUUUGGAGGGUCUAUUGUAACUAUUGUUGUGAAGAAUCUUGUCAGUUUGUUCUGGAUGCCAUAUAUUUACCUUCAAUUUUCAGCAUUACUACUAAUGAGUAGUAUUUGUCUUUUGUUAUUUUUGUAUUCCUAUUAUUUUAAGGAAGAAAGUUUUUAUUUAAAUCCAUAUUAUUCUUUAUAG